UGUUUGGCUGUAACCUUUAGGUACAUGUAAGAUGAACAGCACUCAAUUAAUUCACCUUCGCAGGUACGUCAAUGGCCCUCAAAGGGUCCGAAAUUUGUAACCGAAAGGCUACAGAGUUGACAGUGCCAUUUCAACAGCCACUGCUUUCUAUAUUCUUCAAUCCGCAUGCCUAUUAAAGUGGCUUUGAAAGGCUUCUGUGUUGUAGGCAUUUUUCCCAUUUUUAUCUCUCCUUUGUUGUGCAGGUUCUUCUUUCUGGUAAAUUUUCCCUUGUCCACACAGCCUACAAGAUUGAACUUGGUUUUGCAGCAGCCCGUCAAGAUGAGGAAAUCUCCGGUAUACCCUAAGAGUGACGCAAGCGAUUAUGAUGCUAUGGAAUUUGAUCCCCAAAUGGACUUUCUUCGGUUCUUAGAUGAAGCCCGACAGCACAAAUGCGAACCAAAUGUAAGAGCUUCUUCACCAUAUUCUGCAGAAGUGGCAGGAAAGAGAAACCUGGGCGAAGAUAAAAGGAGCAAGAAAUCAUGGAAGAGCUCCCUGCUUUCAUGGUUGAGAACAGAGAAGAAGAGCAAGUACCCAGCAGAACCUGCAAGUCAUCCUCACAACCACAAACCAAGAAAAAUUGUUUCCGGUCCAAUCAUUGGGGCAAGUAAGGAAUCCGAUGCUUGGCUCCGGCGUCUGAAUUCGGGGUCGUUCCCCGGUCUUUUCAAUUCCACCAAAAGAACAGAGAACGAAAUGCGAUAUAUAUCUCUAGAACAGUUGGACAAGCCUCACGGCGUUAAGAACUACGGACCUGUUUACUUGGUAACUUAGCACAUGAAAACCCUGGGGACAUUGGAACAAAAGGUCCUCAGUUUCUGCAACAAAGAAGAUGUUGACUCGCUGGGGUAUGAAGAUUGUUCAGAGGCCAAUGUCCCGAGUGUUCAGCACUCAUGUAGCAGCCAUUGAUAGCCUAGUGUUAAUAUCAAGUAAAGAACUCAAAUAGCGAUUGAUUGUCUUUGGUGGCAAUCCUCACUGUUUCUUCUGUUAUUUCCUUGGAGUCAAAACAACAAUUUCCUGCGAGUCACUCUUGCUUCAGAUUAACGUCAAUAUAUUCAAGGCUACAUUAAGGGCAGGUUUUUGUAAUAAUGAUGCAUGUCAUGAGCUCCAUUCUGUAAUGAAGUUCGACAAACUCUUCAAAGUCGAAAUUAUAACUUUGAUCUCACCGUGAUAUACACUUCAUGCAGUCUCUUUGAGUUCUG